CAAAUGUCAAAAAAGUGAAGCCUUGUACUCGGAUUUGUGUGAUGCUCUUUAUUUUCGGAAAUACUAAUUGAAAUCAAUGCAAUUGAGAUUAUUGGAUUAAUUUAAAUAGAUCUUCGUGCACAUUGCAACGUUUAGUGUGUAGUUGUUUAUAGUGGAUGUGUUUGAAUUGACCGUAUUGGGAUGUGCGUUGUUUAUCUGACAUGUACUUAUGUCGGAAUUUCCUAAAUAGACUAGACGUUUGAUGUCGGGGCCGCGUAUAAAAAUAACAUUGGAUUGUCGCGUCGGGUCCGGAGGGCUGUACCCGCCUGCGCCAUGGUUCUGAUGAUGGCUCCGAAGAUAUUGUACUUGACCGCGGUGCUUAUGUUAGGUACACAAGUGUCGUCACUAACAGCAGCCCCACCCUCAGACGGGAAUUUUCCACCACGACCGAAAGAAGGUCGAGUCACCACAAGGUACUGUGAAUUCUACAAUGGCUCACAAACAUCCACUUGCGACACUGCCAAUAAUUCGACAUGUGUCCCUAAUGUCAUCAAAGAAGAGUGUCAACCUGUCGAAGCUGAUAAAAGCAACCAUUGCUUCGUGCUGUGGCAGUUCGACAAUGAAACCAACAAGGCGUAUCUCAAGGUGAAGGGCUGUUUCGUGGAUACUGUCUCCUGCACAGACAGGGCCUCCAACUGCCGGCUCCACAACUCCAAGCUCCCGCUCCUCCAUUGCUGCUGUGAAGGAGACAUGUGUAAUCAAAACGCAGUGUUCCCUGGUAUAGAGGCUGGGAUGUCAGCCCAAACUGAAAUACCGCCCGAGAGAGUGCCCGCCUCAGCAGUCCCCAACGCUGAUGAUGAUACACAAGCAGUGAUAGCUUACACUCUAACACCACUGUUCUUAUUGUUCGCGAUCCUGGUUGGCUGCUACCUGCUGUACAGAAAGCGCAAAGGAACGUCAUUCGCUGAGCUAGCUAAUGGAGAAGCGUCGCUAUCGAGACCACCGUCGGCCGGCGCUGGAAUGGAAAACGAGGCCGUCGGCCUAGUGGGGCAGGUCACCCUCUGCGAGGUCAGGGCGCGCGGCCGAUUCGGAGCUGUAUGGAGAGCAAAACUUGGACAGCGUGACGUCGCAGUGAAAGUGUUCCCCUUACAAGACAAACAGUCGUGGCUCGCUGAACAGGAGAUCUUCAGGUUGGCAAGGAUGGACCAUCCAGAUAUCCUACAUUACAUCGGCGUGGACAAGAAGGGCGACAACUUGCAGGCUGAAUAUUGGCUCGUCACAGCUUACCACGAGAAGGGUUCUUUAUGCGACUAUCUGAAAGGUCACACGUUGACUUGGGUAGAAGCUUGGCGCAUCGCAGCGUGUGUAGCGCGUGGGCUCGCUCACCUACACGAAGAAGGAGGUGGGAAGCCGGCGGUCGCUCACCGAGACUUCAAAUCUAAGAACGUUCUCCUGAAAGCUGACCUAAGUGCUUGUAUUGCGGACUUUGGACUGGCAUUAAUAUUCGUGGCUGGUAGAGGAUGCGGAGAUGCUCACGGACAAGUUGGAACUCGACGGUAUAUGGCACCCGAAGUAUUGGACGGAGCUAUCAACUUCACAAAGGACGCCUUCCUAAGGAUAGACAUGUAUGCCUGCGCACUCGUGCUCUGGGAGAUCGCGUCAAGAUGCAGUGAUGCAGCACCGGAACUCCCAGGACAGUACCGUUUGCCUCUCGAAGAAGAAGUAGGCUCUCAUCCCAGUCUCGAAGAAAUGCAAGAAGCCGUCGUACAGAGGAAACUCAGGCCCCACAUACCACCGCACUGGCGAAAUCAUCCAGGUCUAUCGGUACUAUGCGACACGAUGGAGGAAUGUUGGGAUCAUGACGCGGAGGCGCGGCUGUCGGCGUCGUGCGUACUGGAGCGGGUCUGCGCGCAACAGCCCGCGACGGCGGCGCCGGCCCUGACGCCGGACACCACGCCCCUCCUCAUCCACGAGCUCGCGGACCAACAGCCCUGCUGACGACACACCUACGUCGAACUGCCGCUCAUACAGUUCUAAACUCAACGCACUAGGUACAGAUAACAACAAUCGUUUAGUUAGUUAAAAGUGAAUAUUUUUUUAUCCUUCACUGUACCUACAAGUGUUGUAAAGUUUGCUGUGACCGGUACGUCUAAGGUAAAGUACAAAUGUUAUGAAAUGGACAAUCAAUUAUACAUUAUAUCAUGUAUUCUUGAAGCUGGUGGUGUUUCAAGGUGGUAUCGCAAUAUUCUAUGGAUGCCUGCAUAGAGGUCCUCUAUAGUUAUCUUUUAAUUCAUUAUUUCAUCAAUCUGUACGGGUGGUAAUAUUGACAAUAUAUUGUAAAAUAUGGCUAUAAGAAUCCUACUUUAAUAUAUUCAGUCCAAAAUUAAAUUUUAUUUUUAAAUUAUUACGACCAUAAAAUACUUUUUGUAUUUUUUGUAAUAUAGCCUAUUUUUACAGUGCCACCUGAAACUACAUUACAUAUGCACACAUACUAGUUUAAUACAAGUAUUAUAAAAUUUCAAAUCAUUUGGAUGUAGGCAUCAAUGAAUUCAAUGCUAUGUUGUGUAUGUGUGUGAUGCAGUUUCUCUAUUAUUUAUUCUUACGACGACAUUAAUGUGAAAUAAUCAACUGAAAUCAA